AUGGCGUCGAGCUGGCUUCGCGAAAGGGUCCCCAGCAGUAUGACGUCGCCGAGUUGGCAUGAGGACAGUGAUUCGGUUGCCGCAGUUGGCCGGUUGCAGCGGGCCCAGACCUUCACACACCUGGAGGACUACACCAUAGUGGAUGGUUGGGACUUGCGUUUCGAGGAUCCGGACGUAGAACGCGCGUACAGGCAAGUGGGGAGUGAGAAGACACGCGGUCUGUUGUUUUCGAUGUGGGUUUUAUUCACUCUGCUCUACAUCUCGUUUGCGGCAGUGACCACAGCAAUGGAAGGUUGGGAUUACACAUCUUUGCCCACUGGUGCAUGGAUCGUGCUCAUCGCGCGUGGCAUGUUGGUCAUUCUUUCGCAGGUGCCCCUUGUUCUGUGGAAGCUCAGUUCGACCAUGUCGCCCGAGGCCAUGGAGUUGACGCUGUAUGCCGCAUCCUUUGUGGCGUACGUUCUGCUAGGUGGACUGACAAACUAUUGGCGAGUUGGCUCGGUCGUGCAUGGCGACGGCCACUACCUCUACAAUUAUACCGGCGCAGCCUAUGAACCGUCGGAGACCUUGUUCGUCGCCUCCUUCUUCUGCGCGUCUAUGUUCUACAGCAAGUUCCCGUUGCUCCGCGCGAGCAGGGCGUGGAUCCACCUGCUCGCGACCUACGUGCUCUUCACCGGUCUUCUCCUGACGCCUGGCCUGAGUCCGGAGACUGUUUACUCCAGUGCUGUGGUAGCCGUCUUGGUUGGGUUCUACUACCACGGCCUUUUUGUUGGCUUGUUCAAAACGGAGAGGGCCAAUCGCGCCUCGUGGGCCCACACGAAGCGUUUGGAGGAGGAGAGGAAAGAAUUGUACGAGGCAGAGCAGGUCCGAAAGCGAGGCAUGAUACAGUCGGUCCACGAAUCCCACGAGCGACAACUUUUGAAGGCGCUCGAGAAGGCGGUGGAGUCAGAGCAGCCAGACGCCAUAAUGGCCGCCAGGCGCUGCUUAUUGGCUAGUGCAUGGUCAGCGACCGACCUCCAGGUCAAGGAGUCGGAGAUUCGAAAAAGGCAGAGCGAGGAGAGAGGGGUCACUCUGAGUUAUUUGCUAUCCGAUGACUUCGAACAGCUUGCACGAGAAGCGUCCAAGCUCGAGGAUCCAACUUUCCAUGACCUCGUGCAGCCCUUCUUCCUCGGCCCCGGCGCCAUUGGUCAUGACAAGAUCUGUCCCCGGGAUGGCCGCAGAGGAUGCGCUUUGGUAGAUUCGCUACCGCGCCAAUACCGGAGAAGCUGUACGCAUUUUUUGUCGUGGACGUGGUCGUCCAGGCUCAGCACGGUGCGAGAGGCUCUGCAGCGGUGGGCAGACAGGAACGGAAGCGACCCGGCCGAGGUAGCGUUCUACAUGUGCUUCUUCGUGAAUAACCAGUAUCGCAUCUUGGCUCCUGGGGCUGACGCGAGGGGCAGCGACUCCCUCGGAGAGACCUUCGAGCGAAAUCUGCUCCGCACCAGGCGGAUGGUGGCCCUUCUCGACACCUUCGACCGGCCAAAGUAUCCACUUGCGCUGCCGCGCACUUCCGCCAGCGUUCUGGGGGAUUUGGGGGAGACGGGGAGAGCUGAUUUGACUCGCAUCUGGACCAUAUUCGAGCAGUUCACGGCCAUGAGGUUGGGCGUCGAGGUGGAGAUCGCCCUGCCCUCGGAAUCCCGUGAUGCUCUGAUCAAGGAGUUCGAGCGAGGCAAGGAGGGCAUCAUGCGCGUUCGCGACGCCGUGUCCACGGUGGACUCCUCGAGCGCGCGCGCCUCGGACCCGGCCGACGAGCUCCAGGUGAAGAGGGAGGUCAGCGAGUCCGUCGGGUUCGAGGAGGUCGACAAGGCGAUCCAGCGGAUCAUGACCGAGUGGGUGGCCAAUGAGCUGCGGACCCACAUGGACGAGAUCAUACACGAUGGCAGCGGUUCUGAGUGCUCGGACGCCACCGUCGACGCGCAGACCGCUUCUCGCAGCAGGUCACGCGAGGCACCCACUCUGUUCGCGAGCCUGUUCUCGAAAGUCGAGGUCUACCACGAGCGCAAGGCGGCACGUGCCGACGAGGUGGUGCCCUGA